CGUUUCUGGACCAUAUCAGCGUGUGGUACCAGCGCUUCCCUCAUAUACCAAGCAGUUUGUCAGAGCAAGUCAAGCUAUUCCAAGUCAGUUAACGAGGUUAAGAGCUUGGGGGAAGAUCAGGUCCUGUUUCUCGGGGAGAUCAAUGGGGAAAGUAAUGAUUCCUGUACUGCACAAAUAGGGGUGAAUGGUCACAACACAAAGUUUAAACUAGACACAGGUGCAUCAGGAACUGGUAUAUGUUAUUCGGAAUCAGCCUUGCUCCCUUUUAAACAAGAAAGUUUGUGUACAAUUGGGCCUUGUCAAAUUGAAUGAUGUAGGGGAAGUUAUUCAGUCACCCCCGGACUUUCGAAAGGAGUUUCCUGGAUUGUUCGAACAGUUAGAGAAGCUAAAAACUGAACACCAUAUAACACUGCGUGAUGAUGCCACCCCGGUUUGUUCUGUAUAAUCCAAGAAAGGUGCCACAUCCCCUAAUACCCAAAGUCGAGGCAGAAUUACAGUCUAUGCUCAAGCAGAAUGUUAUUUCACCCGUGACUGUUCCUACUGAAUGAUGCUCGGGAAUGGUUUGCGUUCCAAAACCCAAUGGUAAGGUCCUCAUCUGUGUUGAUUUGACCCAGUUAAAUAAGACGGUUAAGCGAGAAGUACACACAAUGCCGUCUGUAGAUGAGAGCAUUUCCAAGCUGGGCCAGGGGAAAGUUUUCAGUAAGCUUGAUGCGAACAGUGGGUUCUGGCAGGUCCCACUAAACGAACAAUCAAGACUUCUGACAACAUUUAUAACACCAUUUGGUAGAUUCUGUUUUAAUAGGUUGCUAUUUGGCAUCUGCUCAGCUCCUGAGAUAUUUCAAAGGACUAUGUUUGGUAUCCUAGAAGGUCUUAAUGGAACAAUCUGCCAGAUGGAUGACGUCUUGAUUGGUGGAAAAGAUCAUGCGCAACAUGACGAAAGAGUACGUGCAGUAUACUCCGAGGUGUUCAGGAUGCAGGUUUGACCCUGGAUGAGAAGUGUGAGUUCAGUAAAGAGUCGAUCAAGUUCCUGGCACACGUGAUUGACAAUCUGGGCAUCCACAUUGACCCAGAUAAAACGACAGCCAUUGUCAAGUUCCCAACACCUAAAAAUGUCACCGAGCUACAACGAUUUUUAGGAAUGGUAAAUCAUGUUGGCAAGUUUGUACCACGACUCGCAGACCUCAACGUGCUUUUUCGACAGCUUCUCCACAAAGACGCUGUGUGGACAUGGGAAGCAGCCCAUCAAACAGCAUUCUUACGGAUCAACGAACUCCUGAUGUCUUCGGAAGUUCUGGCUGGUUAUGACCCUCGAAAGGAAACCAUAGUCGCUGCAGAUGCCUCUGCUAUAUCGGAGUUGGAGCAUUGCUUAUCCAGAUACAGGAGGACGGGGACCGUCGUCCCAUCUAUUAAUUUAUGCUUCCCGCACUCUAUCAGAAACAGAGAAGCGGUACGCAGUCAUAGAGAAAGAAGCCCUUGCAGCGACCUGGACCUGUGA